AUGAAAUCAAGCUCUGGGUCGGAUAUGAAUAAAGAAACAAUAAAUUUCUCAAUUGUUUUGUCGUUGAUCGCUAGAAAAAAUAGAAUGCUGGGAAUCGAAGAUUGCACUAAGAUUCCCACUGGGAUUAAAUAUGGUAACAGCUUUGAAAAGCUUCUUCAUCAAGAUUCUUAUAGUGUCGGUGGGGAAAAGUAA